AUGGAAGAACUCUACCAAACAGUCAGAGAGCAGAUCAAACCAGUUGAAGCCGAGAUCCGCGGUGUGAUUCCUCCUUGGCUGAACGGGUCCUUGUUACGAAAUGGCCCCGCCAUGUACGAAGUCGGACCCGAAGCCUACAAGCACUGGUUCGAUGGCUUAGGAAUGAUUCAGAAUUUCAAGGUAGAAAAUGGCAAAGUGACUUACUGCAGUCGCUACUUACGCAGCCAAGCAUUUGUCCGUGCCGAAGCUCGUCGUGGCAUCGCUUAUGCUGAGUUUGGAACACCAUUACCACCCGAUCCAUGCAAGAAUAUCUUCGCACGGUUUUUCUCUUACUUCGUGCCGCCCGAACGCACGGACAACUGCUCCAUUAACGUCGUCACAAUGAACGGCCAAACAUACGCAAGCAGUGACUCACCAUUCCUAAUCGGGUUUGAUCCAAGCAGCUUGCAAGCGUUGUCGGAGUACAACAUUAGGAGCGAUUUCCCAGGUAUUUCUAACUCAUUUUAAAUCAUAAUUUUAAGGGAACCGCUUAUUUUAGAAGAAAAAGGAAGAGAGCCAAAACAAAUCAGAAUAUAACUUUGUUUGGCAUUCCUGGAGGAAUAUAAUCCCAUGCAGGGAAUAGAUAUUUUCGUCCCACACUAAUUAUAUUUCGGAUAGUUCCAGAAACUCACAAAAAACCAAAACAAGGAAAUUAACACGAUUACGCGUUCCUUGCUCCCGCCCAUGACAGCUGUUGGGUGCUGAAUUCAGACUGUCACCGCCCAGUGAGAUGUUCGCUGGGGUGCGAAUCGCGCGCUGAACUUGACAAGAUCUUUUGUUUUAGUUUUUGCUGUUUAUGUUCGCACUUGAAACUUACUGCAUCGGGCGGAAGGCCUUCCAAGCAGCUAAAGAGACACCUCUGUCGAUAUCCUAAAGGUGUAUUUUUAAAUCCGAUUACAAAAAACAAAGGAAAACCGUAGUGUGAAUUUGUGGAGAUUCGCACGAAAUAUGUGUCUGAGAAAACGUUACCGCAUCCAAUAACAGGACAUUCAACAGAGAAAAAAAUCGCGUAUAUUUUUACCACCUUGAGGGAGAAUCGGUAAACUUUUGCUAUGUAAAACAGGAAAGUUUCAAAACUCGUCGUCCUGUUUUCUAAAAAAAGUUGUCGAAUUUAGGAUAAAGUAAGCUAAAAGAUGUGGUUUUGUCGAGGGUCUUUUGAGCUCAAGAGAGGUUUUGACAAGUGAACGGUCGUGAGGAUAAGGAAAAAUAUUUUACAGUUGUAGCAUGUUGAAAUAGGACUUUUCAUUUUGACUAAGGAUAAUAGAGCGAGAUAGUUUCUUAGAGAUGAAUAUAAAAAGCAAAAUUGACCUUACGUUUCUGAAAAAAUGGUUAUGUAAAAAAAAAAUGGUUAUGUAAGAACACACACCGAGAGAAAGUACUCAUUUUAUUGAUGAGUCAUGGUUUCGUUCACGAUUUCAUCAUUUGUAAACUGAGUACAUUUUGUUCUCAGAUACACUAAUUAUGUAGCUUGCUUUGAUUGGAUGAGGGGCAAAGAUAGCAGAUUCAUGACAAAGUUGAAAUACCUUUUCUUUAAUAUCCAGCGUUUGUUUGGAAAAGAGAUAACAAGAACCUUCAGCUUGGAAUGCUGAAAACGUGAACGUGUAAGGAAAAGUAUCUCAAGAAGUGACGUUGAAGAGCAUGAUAGCCGAACUUUAGACCAGCGAGGUCAAGAUUCUUUUUACGUAAAAACAUAUUUGCUGGUCAUUUUAUCAGUUACAGAAAUCACAAGAUGAACUCGUGCGUUUUCCAUGACAAACCUUGUGCACUGCAAAUCGCCGGAAGAAAAAUACAAUGAUCUGAUAUGAUACUAUUGGAAUUUCACAAGGCAAAACAGGAAAAACUAAAAUUCUUCUUUCUCUCUGAUACAUCAGACAGCACCACUUUCCUGAUAAAAAUAAGCCAAAGAGGAUUUUAUGAACUCAGCUCAACAAAAGUCUCUUGAUCAAGAUGAUAGUCUCAUAAUACUGCUUGCAUUAAGGUUUUCCAUAAUACUUUUUUUUUUUUUUACUCUGUGGGCGUUUAAGACCGAAUGAUUGAAUUGAAUGUAACGAAUUGAAAAAUAUUUUUCGGUCUAGUCCGGUUUAUGAGCGAGCUCCUUUAAAAAAUUAAUUACCUGGCAAAAGUUAGAGACAAUUUUUUUUUUAUGCGGACCGAGAACCAAAAUUUACAUAAAAAUUGUUCUUAACAUGUGGUCUUAAUCUGAGCAUGAUGACUUAUUUUUAUAAACGAAAAGUCUGUCAAACUGCUUUAUAUUUCAACCGUCUGAUCUGCAGUUUAAGUCGAGCAGAUAUAGCUUUUACGCAAAAGAAGAGAUUAUUACUGUUCUAAUUUCUGCGAGUGAAAAAACCUCUGCUCGAAAGCUUUAAUGAGUGACUCGCUUUUUUCACUUCCGUAUUAAAAAAAACGCAUUUCCGUUCAACAGACAGCUAGGCUACGAGCCUCAAUAUGUGAAGUAAAACAUUGAAUUUAGAAGACUUUCCAAACAACAGACUGAACACUGUGAGGUAUAAUUAACGAGAAGGAAGAUUAUUUAUUUGUUAUCGCUUUUGACAACAGAAACCGGAAGGAAACCAAAAUUUCGAGAGAUUGCUUUCAAUAGCAUCAUUUAAUCUUCCUAAUAACAGAGCUUAGCUUCACGUGUGGCCAAAUAGUUGACUGCUCAGAAAAGCUUGUUUGUUUGAUUCUUUGUCUCAGCUUUUGAGCCUGUCCGUCAACGUUUGGCUGAAAUUUAUAAUGGGCGGGUGACAGCUUUUUCACAUACAAUUGCGUGCAACAAUCGUAGAGGACUUUCUGUUUUAAAAACAGUUUGUUUGGUUUGCUGAAAGGCAUGUCAGUUUAUAUCAUUCGCGUCUCAGAUAUCAUUUACAUUAUUGUAGCUCGCUGAGAAAAUCUUCCGAAGUCCCUCUACAUAUUAAUCAGCAAGCAGUUUUUAGAAAUUUUAGGUGUAAUACAAGAGUUUUAGGAACUUUUUAUGCAGUUUUUAUGCAGGUUCGGACUCGCUAGAAUUGUGAUUUGAUUGACGUCACGCAAACAUCAAUUCAGUUUUUCCCUCUGAGUUCCUCACUUCUCUUGAGAUGAGAAUGCACGUCACAAAGAUUAAAGGCGUUCUUAGUUUUAUGAAAUGCGUUUCCUGUCAUUUAUAAGUGAAUGCAUCUCAUGCUUUCGUUUCAGCUUCCCAUCAGACAUACGAGGUCGUAUAAAAAUGACUAGGCUUCGCGCAAAUGUACACCUGUUAGUUACAUUUGUAUGUGAGCGCGCGUUAAACGGUCUUUGAAUGGUCGUCGCGAAUCUUUGGAGUCUCAAACGGAAACUAAAUAAUCAGAAUUUUUUCAUCAACCUGUUAAACGAUCUCCGUGAAUAAAUUGACUCAAACCACAUGUCAUAAUCCGCGGAAAAGUUGAUUGAUGCCAAGCCCUUACUUUCUUUAUAUUUAUUAUAAAGGGAGUUAAAUCCCAGAAUACUGGGGUACUUCCCAUGAAUUAUACGAAAUUUCGUGACAAUCUUUCACGUGCACGCGAACUUUUGACUUAGUCAUGUUUAAAAAAAGACACAAUUCUUGGCAAAGUCUUCGUUUCAUGCUAGCGAUGUACCUAAUGAUCAAUCUUGGCACAAGUGAUAAUCACUUGUUAUCGGAAACGUUUUUUUUUUUUUUUUGGCAAAUUGUUCUCUUUUAACAGCAGGAAAUUCCUACUUCAUACACACGAUUGUUUUAUUUUAUCUCUGACCCUUUUUACUUUAAUACCGUCAUCAAAAUAUUUCCAGCACACCUUUGUGUAAAAUAAACAUUUCUCUGUCAUGUUGAGAGGGCGCACUUUUUUUUUUCUGUGGUAUAAUAUCAGCUCCAAAGUAAUUGGUUCAUCAAAAUAAAAUGGGAAGGAACAAUUGAUUUCUCCAGGGGUUCAUCUUAAAAUGCAAGAUGUGAAUUGCAAUUAUUUCGUAAGAACAGAGUUCUUCGCUUAGUUUGGAAGUUCACCGAGGCUAACUGACUUUUCCACCAAAAGAAACUGACGUUAAUUGCUGUAACCAUAAAAAAGUCGAUUUUCCUUCCUCUUCGUUGUCUUCCCAGCUCUAUUUUUCUUUUUAAUUAUUGUCAUAUAUUUAACGAUCUCUAAAUCACCCUGCACCCCUGAAAGAGACUUACCAUAAUUUCGAUAGAGUGUUAGCAUCUAAUCACUCGCUCCAGAAGAAAAUUACUGUAGAUGCAGUAAGGCAACUCGAACAUUAUGCGUGCGUUUCGGACGGUCGCCAAAAUUUAGCAUCUUCGAGGGUAACUGUGAACAUGAUAAUUUUGGCGGUUACGGAUUCUCAUUAAUUGGCAAACAAUAAGCUCCCACAGAAAUGAAAUAUAGCUAGAUAAAACGCUGCAUGAGUUUAUGACCUUCGGUUCAAAAAACAGGGAGAUAUCGAUCCUGCAAAGCACAAAGAGAUAUCACCAUUCCGAUAAGUAAAACUGUAGUAUCUUGCAUGGAAUAGUAUGGAAAAUCAAUGUUUAAUAAAAAAAGUUAGAUUUUUUUCAUGAAAAAGGGAUUUUUUCUCUCAUAUAAGAAGAAAACAUUUCCUCGAAAGAGGCAAAAACGUUUUAGACUUUGAAGGUGUCUAGUAAGAAUUUCAAUCAUUCAUUUACUGUAAUUUUUUUGUGGAAUGUCUUGCGUGUCCGAGAUACGAAAAAGCUCUCAUGUUUCCAUUAUUGUAAUUAAGUUGUUUUGAUAUUCCCCCUUAGUGCAAAUCUGAUCAGAUCACAGUUUCAAUGAUAAAUCUUUUGUCUGCAUUCCCAGGUUGCCUCAGCACGCAUGGUAAACAUAUAAAAGAGACAUAUUUCGGAAAUGGCCUCUUUUAAAACAAUAAGUCCCGCAGAUAAAACCAUUACUUGCACGCUGGUUUAUUUCAUUUUGUUUUCAAUUACUCACAGUGUGUGUUCCAUUGUAGGUUGUUGACUUUGGAUGAAAUGAGCUUUCGUUAAUAGUUUUAUCUGACCUGAUUAAACACGAACGGAACUUCCACUGAUCGAUUAAGACGAUUUUGUUCACAGCAAAACUACUUUCUUUAACAGUUUGAUUUUCUUCUCGUUUCUUCCAUGCACUCAACAUUUAAGAUGUAGCUUUACUAUUCAUUCGUUUUAUUUAUUUUUUUAAUUUGUCGAGGCAGUUUAUUUUAAGUCAUUGAAUUUGAGCCCUAUAUGUACCCUGAAUCAUUCUUUCACCAUACACGGAAUAGGGAUUUAUUUCUUCAAGGCAAAACUUAACAAGAUGAAACUGCAAAGGAAAAUUUCCUUGAUUGCUGAUGUAUCAGUUUCUUCCAACUUCACUUGAGAGCGAAUGGUAUACAAUGUACAAAAUUGUCUAUCACUGUUAGGGUUUAACUGCUUUAUGACUGAUGAACGUUUUCAAACUUUAUCAUGUAAGAUGAAACUUUUCAUUGAUUUGGCUCACUGACAACUUUCUGCCACAAAACUAGAAUUAAAGAUUAUGUGGUUCUGAUGUUCUUUUUUAAGGAAUAGGAUAAAUAUCCUAAAGUGUUCUCUCUAUUCUGCAAGUGUGUUCGAUGAGUUUUAAGGGGGAAUAAUAACAAGCACUCGAAAUAACCGCAGUUUGCGGUAAAAUUAUUACAAGACACAACUUUCUUGUAAUUUUCGUGUUUUGGAGAUGAUUAGCUCCUCUUUCAGUAGUAAUACGAGUAAGAAAGCUUAAGCAGAUCACUGGUUUGGGAAAAGAAAAUACGAUCGAUAUCCCGUGUAGUGGUUUAGACGUAAAUAAGGGAAACUGAGACAAGCAUGUUGGGUCUGACCUUUUCCCACCCUUGAGGCGGUUUACAUGUAUUUACAUCUAGUUCACACUGGCGUUUGGUUAUGUUUAACACUUUGUCGUUUCUCCCUUUGACUAUUUUGGUUUUGUUAUACCUUACUCAAUUAUAACCUGCUGUAUGCUAUGUUUCACACCUGCGUCAUCUUUCAGGUCCCGUGCGAAUGUUUUCCAUGACACCUCAUCCCCACGAGGACGAAGAAGGAAAUGUGUAUAACGUUGCUGUUUCUCUGAAAAAUGGAACUCGCUACAAUAUAACACAAAUACCACCACGACCCACCACCCCUGGAGACACUGCGCCACACCCACUUCAGGGGGUAAAUGUUUUGUCCACUUUCACCCCAAAAAAUCGGCUCUGCUACUACCACAGUUUUGCCAUGACUCCUAACUACUUCGUGUUUAUCGAAAACCCGUUCGUUGUGAAUGUGUGGGCACUCCUGACGAUGAAGAUGAGAGGAAGAUCUUUCCACGAGUGCAUGAAGUGGGACAACAAGCAGCCCUCCAGGUUUUAUGUCAUUGAUCGUAAGACAGGUAAAGUAGUGGCUCAGUACAAGACGGAGAACUUCUUCUCAUUCCAUCACGUAAACGCCUUCGAGACAGAAACGGAUAUCAUAAUGGACGUUUGCUGCUACCCUGACGCCCGCAUUGUAUAUCAGUACUACCUCCAUCACUUGCGCUCCAAGGGGGAACACGAAGUGAGCAAAGGCUUCCCUGAUCCAGCUCUCCGUCGCUAUCGCUUACCCAUUCCUAAAACCGCCUCAUCCAGUUCCUGGCAGAGACUGCCCAGUUACUCAGACGGUCGAGACUACAAAGUGCUGUACUACGGGGUGGAGUUACCCCAGAUUAAUUAUCGCUUCGCCAAUGGCAAGCCUUACCGGUUUAUGUAUGGAGUUGGUCCUCACCAACGCGGGGACUUCCUAAACCAGCUCAUCAAAGUAGAUGUCCUAGGGAAGGAAGCCAAAAUUUGGCAUGAGCGCCACUGUUUCCCAUCUGAGCCUGUGUUUGUACCAGCGCCCGGAGCUGAAUCAGAAGAUGAAGGAGUUAUUAUCUCCUCUGUAGUAGGUGUUCGUGGCAAGAAGUCGUUCCUUCUCGUUCUGGAUGGUCGCACAUUCCGCGAAAUCGCACGCGCGACCGUACCUUGCCCAAUGGCACACUCACUCCAUGGCAUGUUCAGACCAAGGUCCCCAGCUCUACUCGGACAAUGCCGGAAAGCCUGGGCCGAAAUAUAAUCUGGGUCACCGAAAAAGGACAAGCUCUGAAGAUUUUGGAGUGCCAUUUGAUCGUACACCAUCCAUUUACAGUGUUGUUCAUAACAAAGAACUCACCACACAAAUGAAGUCAACAAAAAAACUCUUGUUGAGACAGUUCCUCGAACAAAAAUGUGAUUACUGUAUUUCAAUUUAUGAAAAAUAGUUCACGACAACCUGAAAAAAAAAUUUUUUUCGGCCAAACAACCGGUCAGUUUGAUAUUAAUAGAUAACUAAGAACGAGAAUCAUUCUAUGUUCAUUUGUUAUUUUUUCAAACAAAAUUCCUGGUUGAACGAGUUACUCUGAGUGUGUGUGACAGCUUUGAUUGGUUAUUCGCUUUCGUUUCGUAAUGGAACAUUGCACUUUUAAGAGGGUUUCUCAGAUUUUCAUGAGAAAAUUAGUGAGGCUCUCUGUUUUCAGUUAGGCCUGGAAGCGUGCAUCUUCCUGCCAAUGUCUUUAGUGAUACGUUAAUAAAUCUGUUAUAAAAAAUUGGGAAAAACAAAAUAAUAUAAAAGGGAAAAAGAGAAAAGAGUUAUUUCUUUUCUAAGCAUUAUCCAGUGUGUAAGUUUUAUUUAAAACGGCGUACGUAACAAUGCGCUGUUGAGUAUUAUUUUAUCUAUUUCUAAGUUAUAUAAAGUAGCAUUUGUAUACAAUCAUAGUGACAUUAUACUUUCUUAGAAAGGAGAAAGAUACUGGGAGAUAACU